GUUUGUUUUGCUCCAAUGGCGGCAAAGGGACUCGAAUUAAUUUUUUUCUUGUUUGUACAUUUACUGAUCAUUAACAAAUGGAAAAAAAGAAAUUCAACAUCAAUUUAGACGACUCAAGAUUCACCAAGGAAAGAAGUCCGGUGGCUUCUUUGUUCAAAACCAAGGGUAGCCAUGUAGAGACCUCCUCUGCUCGGAGUGCUCCACCAGCUCCCGAACAACCCCAGUCCUACGCAGAGUUCGUCGUUCAGAGCAAAAACAAGGGUCUUCAGGGAGCGGCCAUAGGCCCAGAGAAACAUACAUCAGCUGACGAAACUGCUGCAGGCCAAAGUAGCCUUAAGUCAGCUGUAAGCGAGUUAGUAACUGAGACCUCCACAGACUUAGAGAAACCAGAGACUGUCCAGCAGGGAUCAGCUGUGCCAACAAAAGAGGAAGGUCAGAGUUCGGAGAGCUGUGUAAUAGCUCCUCACCUCUUAGGAUCAGGAAGCAGUAUUAUCGUCAGUCCUCGACAGAGAGGAAAUCCCAUCCUAAAGUUUGUGAGAAAUGUUCCGUGGGAGUUUGGAGAAGUGGUGCCAGACUAUGUUUUAGGACGAACAACAUGUGCUCUCUUUCUCAGUGUGCGGUAUCAUAAUCUCAACCUGAAUUACAUCCAUGAACGGUUGAAACAGCUGGGACAGAGCUUCGCCCUCAGAGUUCUGCUCAUCCAGGUUGAUGUGAAAGACCCUCAUCAUGCGCUCAAAGAGCUCGCUCAAAUAUGCAUCAUGGCUGAUUGUACCCUCAUCCUUGCCUGGAGCCCCGAAGAAGCAGGCCGUUACCUUGAAACAUAUAAAUCUUAUGAGAAGAAACCUGCAGAUCUUCUGAAAGAACAAGUGGAGAAAAACUACCUGUCCCAGGUUACUGAUUGUUUAACCACAGUAAAGUCUGUCAAUAAAACAGAUGCCAUGACUCUUUUAUCUACUUUUUCUUCUCUGGAAGGCAUCAUCAGUGCUUCGAAGGAGGAGCUAGUGUUAUGUCCAGGGCUUGGUCCACAGAAGGCAAAAAGACUUUAUGAUGUUCUUCACCAGCCCUUCAUAAAGACCAAGAAGAAGGAAAGCUGAUAAAGCCAAACUGUCUUUCAAAAAUCAUGAAGUGUCUUAAAACACUGUAGCACAUAGGCCCCUGGAAGCUUCUGUGGAGUCUUUGGUUUAUAAUGGUCUCAGUCUGUGGGGGACACAGUGGUUUAAGCAUUUAUUUUUGUGGUUUAUAGAUCUGUAAACCAGUGUAGUGUAAUCGAACGCAAAAGGAUGUAGAUGUUCAAUGUUAGAUGGUAAAAAUAAUGUGUGAGCAAAUGUAUGUGUUUGUGAAACGUACAAUAAAUGUCAUCAUUACUUUGCAGUACAUGUAUUUUGAGUUGUUUUUGGAGGUGGGAGGGGUUCUAUUAUAACUCCAUAAGCCUCUACACAGUAAGAACAAAACUGAAGAGCCCACCUGUCACUUAAGACAAAAAUCAGUGGGGCUGUUUUAUACAUUUUAGAUGGGAACAAUUUACUCAGCAGGUACAUAAAUGUUUCAGGCCUGGAAAUUACGUCUCAACAGCCGUUUAUCAGAGUUGCCACUGUUCUUAUGGAUUUUAGCUGGAUUUUCUGUCUCUUCAUGUAAUUCCAGACUGACUCAAUGUUGGUAAGAUCAGAUCUCUGUGGGCCAUAUCUCCUAGUCCUUAAAUAUUCUCGUCUCAGUAUGUUUAUUGUAAAUAAUGUUUCGAAAUCGACAGUGUUUUUUUCUUAUGGACACACAUGACACGCACCCCCCCCCCCCCCACACACACACAGUAUAUAUCAUCAGUGUUGUAGACAGUUCACCUACUUUUGAGGUGAAGUUCAAAAAAACAUUCUCCAUUUAAACUGAAAACUAUUUUAAAUACAUGCAAAAGUCAUAGCUUCCCCCCACGUCUUUCCUGUGUGUGAUUUGUCCUGUGUAAGGUGUGGACCAGAGAGUAUAUAGACCCUGCUGAGGGUCAAGUUCUGUUCAUGUCUCAUUCUUGUCUCAAUACAUCCAGACACUAUGCUGCUCUGUGUUUGUGUUCUGCUAUCUGUCGUUCCUCUGUAUGGUAAGGCCUUUUAAAGUAUAUUUCUUUCAGCAAAUAUAGCGUCAAGCAAAUGGUUCACUCCAAAGAAUUUGGCAUAAUAUGAAUGUAAUUUAUUUGUUAACUUUAAUAUCUGCAGCCAUAGUUUUUGUACUAAUGCUGAACAGUCAUUUUGGUUUUAUUUACAUUAUAAACAUUUGUGUUUAUGAAACUCAUAAUUACUAUUAA